AUGCCCUUAAACCGCCCCUGAAUUUUUGCGUGCACUUUAUUUACAUUUAAACGAAUCAAGGAUGAGGGCGUGAUCUAUACCUAACUACAUGCAGUGUCUAGAAACAGCAGAGUACAGCAUUCCUGUCAAAUAAGCCUGAGGGGUUUGUGUAUUUUACCUCACACAAGCUAUCACACAGCAGCGAAGGCUGCUGUCUCUGAUCGACCGGCACAGUAACUUUGUUUCUUAACCAGUGUUAAGAACUUCGUAAACUUUAGAACAGCAGGACAGAAUGGACAUGAACGCGGUAAACUCUCUUCCUUUCGAGGAUUUUGUGAGAAUAUUCGGGAAUGUGGUGGAGAAGUGUCCAAUGAUAGCAGCCGCGGUGUGGUCGCAGCGUCCCUUCGCGAGUUUCCUCGCUCUGGAAACCGCGAUAAGUGAUUUCAUUGACGCUCUGCCAGAGUCAGGUAAGGAGGGCAUCCUCAGAUGUCACCCGGACCUCGCGGGCAGAGACCUCCAAAUGGGCACUCUGACCCAGGAGUCGCGCGAGGAGCAGAGCCGAGCCGGACUGGACGCGUUGGAGUCCGCGGAGAGAACGCGCAUGGCCCAGCUCAACGAGGAGUACAAGGCGCGUUUCGGGUUCCCGUUCGUCAUCUGCGCUCGGAUGAACGACAAAGCGAACAUUCUACGGCAGCUGUCCGAGCGCUGCCAGAGCGAGCGCGCGGCGGAGAGAGCACGCGCCGUCGAGGAGGUGAAGAAGAUCUGUCACCUGCGUCUCCAGGGCCUCGUGCGCACUGACGCUCCAAACAAGCUGUGAUUCCUCAGGUUCCCCUGUUCCUGCCAGACCUGUAGCUACAUGAUUAUAUGUUUAAUUUUAAAUGUGUAGUCAGUUUACUCUUCAUUUAUCAUAUUGUAUGUUAUUUUUGUAAAAUAUCCAUAUUAUUGUCUGGAAUAUCAACAUUUGGGAUUUUGUUGUUGAAUAAAAUACAGUGGUAUCAUGAAGUUAAUCCCAUAUUGUCCCUAUAGGAAAGAAAGGAGUGCCAAACAAAACUCAGUCAUGAUUAAAUAUGUACACACAAUAAAAUGUGAAUACAAUUAAAACACUCAGGCUCUA